AUGAUAAAGUUUCUGGGUUUUGUGUUUCUUGUGGGACAGUUUGUCCGUGCGGUUGAAGGCGAUGUCCAUUUCUAUGACUUUUUUCUUUCAGAGAAAAACUUCACACGGCUUUGUACCACAAAAAGCAUGCUAGUUGUAAAUGGCAGUUUUCCAGGGCCAGUUAUACGGGUCAACAAAGGUGACACUCUGUAUGUCAAUGUUUACAACCAAGGAUCUUAUGGGGUCACCAUUCACUGGCAUGGUGUGAAACAACCCAGAAAUCCAUGGUCGGAUGGUCCAGAAUACAUCACACAAUGUCCCAUUGAAGCUGGAUCGAACUUCACGUAUGAGGUCAUAUUUUCUGACGAGGAAGGAACUCUUUGGUGGCAUGCUCACAGCGAUUGGACACGUGCCAGUGUUCAUGGUGCCAUUGUUGUCUCGCCUGCUACUGAAACUUCUCGUCCAUUUCCCGAACCUGAUGGAGAAGAGAUCAUUGUGCUUGGGUCCUGGUACAGUGGAGAUUUAAACAUGUUGGUUGAUGAGGACCUACAAACUGGUGAUGACUUGCCACAUUCAAUUGCUUACACCAUCAACGGUGAACCUGGAGAUUUUUGUGCCUGCUCCAAUGAAACAUCAUAUCGUUGGAUGGUUAGCUACGGCAAGACCUAUCUUCUUCGUGUAAUCAACGCAGUUGUGAGCGCAGAACUCUUCUUUGCAAUUGCCCGACACAAUCUCACUGUUGUCGGAAUGGAUGGGCACUAUAUCAAACCAGUUGUAACUAAUUGCCCGGGACAAACAAUGGAUAUUUUACUCACAACAAAUCAAUCUCUUGGGCACUAUUACAUGGCUGCUCUACAAUUCUGGAGCCAAGAUCCCGCUAUUCUAAACUUCGAUCACGUCAAUGCCACAGCGAUCCUCCAAUACGAAGGCAACUAUUCUUUCCAAUCAUCUCCUUUGUUUCCAAGCACUCUUCCUUUUUACAAGGAUUUACAAGCUGUCUUAAGUUUUACAAAUCGUAUUCGGAGCUUAGCAAGGGAAGACCACCCGGCAAACGUCCCCUUAAACAUCACUACCAGAAUGUAUAUUACGCUUUCACUGAACGACAUGCCCUGUCGAGACACUACAUGUUCAGCGACAGAAGAUGGCAAGGUAUUCGCUACAAGCGCGAAUAACAUAAGUUGGGUUAAUCCUAGUACUGAUGUACUGCUCGCGUACUACAGGAACAUUAGUGGGGUUUAUACCACAGAUUUCCCAGACAACCCCCUUUCUUAUUAUAACUUUACAAGUGACAACAUUCCAGCUAAUAUUGCAUUAACAGAGCAAGGCACUAAGGUGAAAGUGUUGAAUUAUAACGAAGCAGUUGAGAUAGUUUUUCAAGGUACCAAUGUGGUGGGAGGUGCGGCAAAUCACCCCAUGCAUUUGCAUGGGUAUAGCUUCUUUGUGGUUGGAACAAGUUCUGGGAAUUUUGACAACAAAACCGACCCAAAAGGAUUUAAUUUAGUUGAUCCACCUGAAGUCAAUACCUUUGGAGUUCCUAGGAAUGGAUGGCUUGCCAUCAGAUUUCUAGCAAACAAUCCUGGUGUGUGGUUUUGGCAUUGUCAUAUGGAGCGACAUUUGACUUGGGGGAUGGAUGCUGCUUUUAUAGUUAAAAAUGGAGACACCGCUGAAACAAGCAUCCGUCAACCCCCUGCUUACCUGCCUCCUUGUAGAGUUCCAUUCAGAUCUUGGCUCCAAAAUAGCGAUGGGUCGGAUGAAAAAAGAAAAUGA